UUGGAAGGUGGCAUGAGCCCUCCCAAAGCAGGACCUGAAAGCAGAAAUGGUCAAGGAGUCGGGGCCUUCCCAGGGGCUGGAGUGCUUCCAGGAAUUGGAGGGAGCCUGAAACCUCAGAAGCCAGGAUUUGGCAAUGGGAUGGGAGCUGGGCUCUUCCCAAGAGUGGGAGUCCCACCAGGACCAAGCCUUGGCAAUGGAUUGGGGGCCCAGCCAGGCUUUGGAGGAGGUGGGAAACCCCAGAAGCCAGGUGUCUCCCCAGGACUCAGGAAUGGGCAGGGAGCCCAGCCAGGUUUGGGAGGGGGCAUGAAGCCCCAGAAGCCAGGUUUUGGAGGGGGCAUGAAACCCCAGAAGCCAGGAUUCGGAAUUGCACAGGGACUGCAAGCCCAGCCAGGUCUGGCCAUGCCAAACGGCUAUGGGGCAGGUUUUGGAGGGGGUCUGAAACCCCAGAAAUCAGGCGCCCCAGCCCAGAAUGGCUACGGAGCAGGCUUCGGCGGUGGCACCCGGCUGGGCGCCCAGCCAGGUGAGGCAGCGGGGUCCGCGGCUGGCCUCAUGCCCUCCGCCCCGGCAGGUCCCUGCAGCAGGGGAGCCCGUGUCCAGCACCUCCCCCGGCCCCCCACGCCGGCGCUCCCCGAGUCCCAGCCCCCAUCCGCAGUGCAGAGCCACGGCUUCCCAGGCUUUGGUGGUGGUGGCCUCAAGCCCCAGAAAGUGGGCUUAGGCUAUGGCUCAGCGGGUCUGGGAGCAGGGCCCUUCCUGGAGGCCCAGCCACAGCCAGGGCUCCCCAGGACCAACGGCUUUAGGAUUGCAUAUGGAGAAGCCGUGGGGUACCCCAAAGUGGCAGGUGCUGCCCCAGAAGGAAAUGGGCCCUAUGGGCAGCUGAAGGCAGAGCUGGGUCCUGGAUCCUUUGGCGAAGAGAAGCCGCAGCCACCCUCUAGGAUAUGGCUACUGAGGCCGCUGCACCAGGCACCCAGACUGUGUCUCUGAGGCCAAGACAGCCCUCUGGAUGGUCACCUGCAGGCAGUCUCUUAAUAAAGACCUGUGUCCCUCUG